AUGGGCUGUAACUCUUCGAAAUCCGCCAACGCUGCCGUCGCUUCGACAACUGAAGUGAAGGCUGUCCAGGGAGAAAAUGGAACAGUCGUUUCGGCUUCGAAAUCGGUGACUUUGUACGUCAACCAGUUGUCUCCUUUCGCGAGAACUGCCAUAAUGGUCGCGAAGACUUGCGAUGUCGAGGUCAAUUACCACGAAAUCGACUUGAUGAAGGGUGAACAGAACGAAGACUGGUACCUAAAAAUCAACCCGAAUCACACCGUCCCCGUGCUUGUUGAUGGAGAUACUGUGCUCACUGAGACUGUUGAUAUCUCCAAAUAUCUCAUCGACAACUACGGCAAGCACAAAGAAAUGAACCCUUCCGGCGAACAAGCCGAGAAAAUCAAAGAAGUUGUUGCAUAUGCCUACGAAACUCUUGGUCCUAUCGGGAAAAAAAUUGUUCUCCCCGUUUUGGUCCACGGAAAACCAGAGGAUGUUCCUGAAGAAGAUCUUGAAGCUGCCAAGGUUCAUGGAUACGAGUACUUCAACAAUAUUCUCGGAGAUAACGACUUCCUCUUUGGAACUGAGAAGCCAACUUGGGCCGAUUUCCUCGUUUUCAGCUUGUUGAUGCAAAUGGAUGUUCACCCACUCAUCCGCAAGGGCGAACACGACAAGCUCAAACUCUGGGCCAAGCGAAUCUUUGCUCUUCCAUUCUUUUCAACUGUCCACAAAGCGUUCUUUGCUGUCAAGAGCAACUUCACCAAGGCCGAAAAGCCGACUCUUUACAUCAACAUUGCUUCUCCUCUCGCUAGAGCCGUUCUUUGUACUGCUGAUGAGCUUGCUAUCGACUACGAUACUCAGGUUCUGGAUUUCAUGAAACAAGAACACAAAGCAGAAGAGUACCUCAAGAUCAAUCCCAAUGGAACUGUCCCAGGAAUGAAACACGGUGAAAAAUGCAUUGGUCAGUCUCGAGAUAUCGCCAAAUAUUUGGUCGAGACAUUCUGCCCCGACCAUUCCUUGUAUGCGAUUGAAAAGCAGGAAGAAAUCAACGAACUGCUUCAAUUUGACGAAGAAAAAUGCUUCCAAGCUGCUAUCAAGAUUGUGGGUCCACUAAUGCGAGGUAUUCCAAUCCCGGAUGAGAACCGAGAAUUCGUCAAGGCCGCCAAACUCGAGGCGCAAGAAAAACUCGGCGAGAAGCAAUUCUUUGGUGGCGAGAAACCCUGCAUCGCGGAUUUCUUCAUCUUCAACAACUUGAUCCAAACUGUCAUCGAUCCCGCGCACGAUCAUGAGAAUCCCGAUGAGGAUCUCGCUGUUCUCCGAGAAUUCAUCCACAGAAUGAUGGCUAUCGAACAUGUUGCAAAGAAAGUUGGCGAGUUCAAGGAAACGAUGGCGAAGGUUGCACAAAUGAUGAAGGAAAAGAAAGAAGCCGAAGCAGCUUCAGAAGAAGCCGCGCCAGAAGAAUAG